AUGUUGGCCGAAGAACAUCCAUAUAUAGUAGCCUUAUUGAAUAAUACGAAAAAUUAUACAUGCACAGGUGUUAUAAUAGAUCAUCGUCGAGUACUAACUUCAGGGACUUGUAUAGACACUGUACCCACUUACGUGGUGGUCGGAAGCGCUAUAGCCGGUCAGAGAACGAAAGGAAAUAACAUUUUCAAUGUUGCAUAUACGAAAGCACACGAGGAUUAUUCCUUUGAAGUCAAUCAACGGAAUCAAAACGUCACUCGGAUGCAUAGCAAUAUCGCACUAGUAUUUACAGUAGAACUAACCUUGUUAUAUUUCACGGAAGCCGCAAUUUUGAGCAACUAUUUCGAAUCAGAAUUGAGGAAUAAAAAACUACACGCAACGGGAUUUGGUGAGAUAGAUAAAAGAGUUACAGUGUUACAGCACCAACGUUACCGUCAAGUUGCCUGCACUAAUCCAAAAUGGUACUAUUGUAUUUGUGGGAGGGAAAGUGGAAAAACAUACGAUCAAUAUUUCGGAGAGGGCGCUCCAGUGUUUUAUAAAAAUGAAGUAAUCGGCAUAUCCGCUUUCCCGACUGGUUUAUUGAAGUUGAAAAACGAUGAGCGAUAUAACGUGUUCACUGUAAUAAGCCCGUACUUGCCGUGGAUUAAAAAAACGCAGUCGAAUGAAGUACGCGCAUAUCGUUUGAAUUCGAGUGGAGUAGCUCGUAGCAGUCUUUAUUUUGUAACUGUUUUAUUGGUUGGUAUUAAAUUAAUUGUGUUCCAAUAUUGUGCAUUAUUAUUAUGUCCUGGUAUUGCUUUUGCUGUUUUUGUGACAUAA